AUGCAAGCGGCUUUAUUUAUAAGAGAAAAACAAGAACUACGUAAGAAGAAAUUGAAGAUAAAAAGAAGACGUUAUGAACUUCCUGCUCACGUAGCAACUAGAGAUAUAGCGCCCUUCCCACAGUUUCCUCCCAAUUCUUGGGGGAAAGCCGCUUGGCAAGAUAGAGAAUUAUUUCACGAAUUAGAUAGGAGAAAAUCGAUUUGUAUUCCAAGUGAAAUUCACACAACAUCAAAAGUUAAACAAAAAGAAGCUCAUAGAAGAUGGGUUAGAAAAAAUAGGAUUCAAGAUCUUUCACUCGACGACAGAAAUUCCGAUGAAGAUGAUAUAUUAUACGGAGUUCAAAACAGUGCUGCCAAUCUUCUUUUAUACGUGGGUUUAGGAACGAUGUGCGUCGGAAUGAUAAUCGCGUUCGUCGGUACCGGCGAAAAAGGUUUUAAAACGAUGGAAUUAAGACUGAUCGGUCCUUCCCUGAUAGGAGCUGGAAUAUUGAUAAUAAUAUUAAGGAUAAUGCUCUGCGUUUGUCCGUCUAAAUGUUUUCAUUUAAAAAAACGAAAGCAAAAAUUUAAAAAUUCUACGAAUAAGUUAAACAGCGAAACGGUAAAUCGUAGCAGUCAAAGUUUUUCAAUAUCGAAAGAACACGUGGACGAAGAAUCGGGUAUCGAAAGGAUAAAAACGACGAAUAAAACGAAUAAAAAACGCGUUUCCAUUGCAAUGCUUCCAACUACUUCCGGUUUAAGUACAAAUUCGCAAAUUUCUCAUAAAUCGCAAUAUCAAAAAUCAUGCAGUACCGAGGGAUCACCGUCGGUUUCUACCUUUAAAAUGUCUCCCAAAUAUUAUACAAGUGAAAGAACGUUGAAUAUUCAAUCACUUUUAAUAUGGGGAGGUAUUUAA